GCGCUGAAGGACAAGUGCAAGAAGCCGGACACCGGGCGGCCUUACAUGAAGAGUAUGAAAGCAGGUGCGUGGUGUGUUUUGUUUUGGCCAAUCUCCAGACGUCUGCGGCGGGGAAAUGCUAAAACUGUAGUUUGUGAAAAACCUUUCAAGGCAAGAAUCGCAGCUGGGAGCCGUUCAGCAAAGGAAUGACACAUGGGUUCGUCCUGGAGUUCGAGAAUCAGGCCGAUCUCGACUACUAUCUGACCGAGGAUCCGGUGCAUUUGGAGUUUUCGAGGAAGGCGGCGCCGUUGAUAGAAGAUUCAGUCGUUAUCGACAUCCGAGACGGCAUCCUCUUCGGGCCCCCAGCGAAGGAACCCACCGUCGGAGCGGGCACGUUCCACGGGAGCUGCCAUUGCGGUGACUGCUCCUGGACGGCCGAGAUAACCGAGCCGGAACACAUCCUCUGCCACUGUGAGACGUGUCGUAAACUCGGGGGUGGGCCGUAUUCCAUGAAUCAGAUCAUCCACAAGGAUCAACUGCGAAUCCUCUCCGGAAAACCCAGCACAUAUACCUACACCGGAGCCUCCGGAAACCCCGUCCACUGCUACUUCUGCCCCAAUUGCACCUCCCACAUCUACCAUAAUCAGGCCGUCAUGGGAGACCGGAUCAUCAUCCGAACCAUCUUGCUCGACAACGGCGCGCGUAUGCCCCCCGCCGGGGAGAUCUUCGCGGAAGGGAAGUUGGCGUGGGUUGAUGCGCUUCGGGCGGAGCUUGAGAAGCGAUAACGCUGGGUUGAACAGCUGAUGAUUCAAUUCAUGUUAUAUUUGUCUUGUUUGGUGAGCACAUUUGUUUUACAUGUGCGUGUAACUAUGGUUAGAUGUUCGAUAAGAACAGAAUAUAGAAAUCUGAGAUUUUGCUGUCAUUGGGUGUAUAUAUUCGGAGAAGUUGG